AUGUCAACCCAAACAACAAAACCCUCCAUUGUUCUCUUCAUUAGGACCUCAAAUUCAUCAAAGAAGCAAUCAAUAAUUUGUGAUCAUAUUAGAAAGAUGACUUUUGGCAAGCCCCAUGAAGGUAAUGCUCUAUUAGUAUUACAAGUUGGUUCAGAGCCAAUUCUACUUGAUGAUCUUGUUAUUAAAUUGAAAGGAUGGAAGAUCGGACAACAUGUUUCACAAGAACAACAACCUCCUCACUUUGUACAUACUAACAAGUUGCGAGAUUGUUUGCAGUAUUCGAAAGGUUCAACUCUUAAAAAUUCUUCAUGUACAUUCAAUGCAUUGGAUGUGAAUGCAUGCAAUCAACUUGAGAAAGGACAGCACUAUGCUAUUCGAUUGAGUGAUGUUAAAUUGGCCUUUCUUCCACCUUCACUAGAUUUUGAUCAAGUGCAAGUUGAAAUUUUCAAGAAGGAUCAACUUGUUGGUGCAAUUUCACAUUCAAAACAAGAGGCCAUCGACAGUCAUAUCGAAAUGAGUGCAAAGAGUCUUGUUAGUAAAUGGAAAACAAAAUCAAGAUACGAACAUUUGGAUUUGAUAGAUGGAGUUGGAGCUGCAGAUUUCAUUGUAAUUAAUGUAGACGCUCUUAUUUCAAUGGCUUUAAAAAAGAGUAAUGGAUUGGAUUGGAAAGAGCACGGUGGACAAUGGUUGCAUCUUGUAUGGUUAUGUGAAAAGAUGCUCUCACUUCUAAAGUCCAGAAAUGUGAAUUUUGAUCUAAUUUGUUUUAAGAAUUCAAUUAUUAUGGAUGGCAAUUUCAGCUUUUUUGUUGCGAGAAUGAUAGUUUUCAAUCAUUUGAAAAAGUAUUGUACCUUUCCAUGUUACUUGUUUGAUUCAUUAUUAUCAAAAGAGUGGGAGGAAUAUAUCAGACAAGCCAAUCCAUCUGCAGUUAUUUCAAGUGAUUGCAAUUACACAAAUGCUUAUUUGAAUUUGAUGUCUAAUAUUUCCUAUAUUGUAACAAAUGUUGAAGAAGGUGCUAAAUCUGUACUAGGUGAUGUUUAUUCAAGUGCUUACCUAUCAUGGGUUAGGUCUGUAGAGCCAGAGCUAGACAAUUUGUCAAAAUUUUUACAAAAUUCUUCAAUUUCUAGCACUUUGAAGAUUAGAGAAUUUCACCAAUUAGAAAAUGUUAUGAAACAAGUUAAUGAAUUACAAUUACAUAGUAAUUUUACAAGACUUGAGGUAUUUUUAAGCUCUUUCCUAUUAUUUAUUGAAAAUUGUAAACAAGACAAAGUUAUGGAAAGCUUGUUUUAUGGUAUUUCAAUGAUUUAUUCAGUUGUCUUGUUGGAUUACCUACCAAUUGAAGCUAGACAUUGUAAUUUGAAAGAGACAAUCAAUGAAUUGACACAAUUCAUGCAAGAGUUAUACAAGUAUUGCUCUAUGGUACUAUUUGAAAUUGAUAAUUUCCAAGAUAUUUCAUGUGAUUUAUUGGAUUGUAGAUUGAUUCAUUGGCUGAUUUUGAAUUUCAAACCAAACAAUCCAUUUACACUAAAUCAAUGGAUAGAGAUUAUAUGUGAAUUAUCACCACAGCCUGUAAAAGAUAGCUUGAAUAAGAUAGUACUAUUGUUGAAAGAAAGAGUGUCAUUCGAUUUUGACUCUGACUUUGAAUUUUCAUCUAUUGUCAGCCCUUACAUUAGAAAUUAUGCCUACGACUACAGUAAUAGCAAAAACAGAUGCACAGUAUUAGAAGUUAAAAAUAAUUUCAUUAACACAUUCUGUAAUUUACAAUCUAGCUCAGUGAUCCAAGAAGAUUCCUUUAAAAAACCUUUAUUUUAUGAUAUUUAUCACUUUCACUCCACAAGAUUGAUAACAGACACUGCAGAACAUUUAGAAAGGAACAAGUAUUCAACAGUUGACAAAACAAGAGAAAAGUUGAACGGAAUGGUUGAAUUAUUUAAGAAAGUGAAUAAGUGCAAAGAAAUAGCAACUGAACAAGUACCAAAAGAUUUAAAAUUCACUGAGCAUGUCAAUGAAAAGAAUAUUAUGAAAAUAGUUUCUGAAAAUUAUGAAAAAUCACAGAAACCACUGAAUGCCAUUAAGGAAAUUAUUAGAAAACAAGAAAGUCUUGUUAAGAAAAAAGAAGACGAAGAAGAAACCUUUUCAAUUUCAGAAUUAGUAUCAAUUUCACUUACUAUCCAGGAAAAUAUUCAACAAUUUAUACCUAUUAUGGGCAAAUACAGUCCAAAGAAUAACACCACAAUGGUUUUUGGCAAGAAAUUGUACAUUCAAUUAUUAGAUUCCUUCAAAUAUCAACUUCCAAAAUCAAGAAAACCUAUAGAAUCUAAAUUAUUACAAAGAACAGUAGAGGGUCCCACAUCUAAAAUUUCAUUGAACGAAUUGGAAGAGCAAAAAGCCAUGUACAGAUUGUACCACGUUAAUAGUUGGAUAAGAUUUAUUUAUUCAUACUUGAUGGAACUAAACAGUCUAUGUCUCUAUUUCACUGAGAAGGAAAUUGCCAAAGAAUUGGAAAAUCUUGCCACCUCUGCCAGAAUGUUUGGAUUUUGUCAAACGGCACAAUUAAUUGAAAAUGAAAUUAGUCCAAAGAAAAUUUCCAAACACGAGGAGGAUAUUAUUGAUCCAAAUUAUUUAUUUUUAUAUCAUUUUGAAAAAACAGCACCAACAACACCUCCAUUAGAAAGAUUUACAAAGAAGAAACAUAACCAAAUUUUAAAUGAACUAGUUCAAGAAAAGGUUCUUCUAAUAGAGAAACUUAAAAAAGACUCCUCAACUAAAUCUAGAGAAGAAAUUUCACAUGAAAUCAAGAAAGUGAAUGUAAAUAUCAAAUUGAGAGAGAGUUUAACAUUUACACCUGAUGAUUGGCAAAAUCAACUUAUUUCUUAUGUAAAUAGAGAUGAAUCUGUGUUAGUCUCAGUGCCAACUUCAAAUGGUAAAACAUUUAUUGUAUUUUAUUUGAUUGAAAAGGUGUUAAGAGAAAGUGAGAAUGGUGUAGUAUUAUUUGUUGUGCCAAAUAAGGCAUUAGUCAAUCAAGUUUAUUGUGAAAUCCAAUCAAGAUUGAAAAAGAAUCAAAAUAAUAUGGCCACAGCUGGUAUGGCUACAGCAAAUACAAGAUUGGAUGUAUUUAAUUCUCAAUUACUUGUCAUAGUACCUGCAAUGUUGGAGAUUUAUUUAAUGAGCUCAGCUCCAAAGGUUCUUGAGUGGAGAAAGAGAAUUAAAUAUCUUGUCCUUGAUGAAAUACAUUGUAUAACAAGUGAUGAUCAAGGUGAAUACUAUGAACAUUGUAUUCAAUUAUUAGAUUGUCCUGUCAUUGGAUUAUCUGCUACUUUGGGUAAUUCUGAAAAAUUUGCAAAAUGGAUGACUCAUGGAUCGAGAGAUAAUGUACAUUUAAUUUAUGAACCUGAUUAUAAAAGGUUCAAUCCAUUAGAAUAUCAUAACUUUAAUGGAACAGAAAUUUCUCAUUCACAUCCAUGUGAAUUAUUUAAUCCAAAAUAUCUAAAUGAAAAGGAAAUACAAAAAUGUAGAAUGAUGACAAUAGAUGAAUGUUUCCAAUUAAAGAGAAUGCUAUUGGAAAUAGAUCAAUCCGAUGAGAUGAAGGAAAUAAUCGAAACUCAUGUUGGCUAUCAUUUAUUGAAUCGCAAUAACCAAUUGUCAUGCAUAACUUGGAAUGAUCACAUUCAGUACAAGCUUGGCUAUAAACAAUUAAUGAUCUACCUAGUGAAUCAUCCAACCAAACACAAAGUACUUUCCACUGUAGUGAGCUCAUUACAAAUGUCAUACGCAGACGAAAAUAUUAAGCCAGUUGAAUUUGUAGAUGAUAUGAUACACUUGAUCAUCAAAAUGAAGAAGGAAAAGAUGCUUCCCUCCAUAGUAUUCAUUUUAGAUAGGAGGAUGAUUGAUCUUAUGGUUAGAACCUUACUGCAUAGAAAUGUCUAUUUAUAUGAAAAUGAGGAAGAUUGUCCGAGAGCUGAUAUUUUGAGACUAAAUAUUGAUGAUAAUGAUAGCGAAAAGACUAUCAAUAGGUAUUAUAUUGAUGCACUAUCUCAUGGAAUUGGAGCUCACUAUGCUGGUAUGAACGAUGGCUAUUUAAUUGAAAUUGAAAGACUCUUUAGAGAGAAGAAAUUACCACUCAUAUUUACAACCUCCACUCUAGCUCUUGGUAUUCAUCUUCCUUGUAAAACAGUAGUUAUGGCUGGAAGUUCCAUUUAUUUAACCAAUUCACUUUUUAAACAAUGUUGUGGAAGAGUUGGAAGAAGAGGAAUAGAUCAGAAAGGUAAAGUUAUUCUAUAUGGACUGAGUAAACCAAGAAUUAGAAGAUAUUUACUGUCAGAACCUAUUUCCAUCAAUGGAACAGUUGGCUUAAAACCAAGCUUCAUUCUUAAAAUGUUUACAUCUCUUAAUCAAGCUGAACAGGAUUUAAAAUCUGGUGAAAAAAAUCCAUUCCAAGAUGCAUUCCAAAGAGUAUUAGAAAAACCAUUAUUUUCCAUUAAUGAAAAUACAAUGAUUGCAACACAAUCACAAAUGUCAUACUUUAUCAGAUUCCAUACAGAAUUUUUGAGACAAGCAAUGUUCCUUAAUAAGAAAUGUAAUCCUCUUCAAUUGAGUGGAUUAAUUGGACAUCUCCAUUAUAGAGAACCUUUCAACUUUUUAAUGGCACACUUUUUACAAACUCGAAUUUUUGAAAUGUUGGAUAUUAACAAGAUUAGGGAACACGAAUUUGAUAAGAUUAUUUUAACCAUUUUUACUUUGCUCUUUGCCAGAUAUAGAGUUGGCAAACACAUGUCGCAAAAUACGUUGGACACUGACUUUACGAAAAACAUGUCCAAUAUUUAUAGGAAAAUGAUUGAGAAAAAUGUUGAAUUCAAUAAUGAAACAUUGGGAAUUUAUUCCAAUUAUGCUAUUGCCUAUUGUUUGAGUGAAAAAUUGAAAGAUGAAACCCUUCCACUUUCUGAUUAUUCAACAAUUAUUUUAAAGGAAUGUGAAAGUGAGUGCAAACUAUUUACCGAAUUGAAAAAGAGUCGAUCUACAAAUACUCACUCAAUUUCUUCAUUUUCUGCAUUAAGUGGAAAUGAAGAUGGUAAAUAUCUAACAGAAGAUCAUUUCUUUUCCACUCUAAAGCAUACAAUUUCAAUUAAUAAGGCACACGUACCAUUUACUAGUGCUUUGUCUGAUGAAGACCAUCCAAUAAGUUGUUUCCUUUUGGAUUACUAUGGACAUGGAUCUUUGAAGAUUCUCACAGAAGAUCAUCAAUUUAUCAACAUUGGUGCAAGCUCUAAACUUAUCAGUGAAGCCAUUAGAGAUUUGAAGAAAUUGAGAGCUAGUUUGAUUAAUGAAGAAAUAUUUUCAUUUUCAAUUUCAGAUUAUGAACGAAAAUUGGAUAGUGGAGUUGUUUCUGAAUGGUUAGUUAAGGAGUGUCCUUGGUUGAAGAAUAAUCCCAAUUUAGAAUUGAUAACAUUUGAAAAACUCUAUAAUUGGUUAACAAAAAACGUGCUAGAGAUAGAGGUAUCUGCACUGUUUCCUAUUAGGGGAAAUGGAUUGAAGAUGUUGAAAAGAAAAAUUGAAAAUAGAUUUGCUCAUCCAAUUAUUCAAAGUCUUGAUAGAAUCUUAUCUAAACUUGAGGAAGGUGAAAGAAGAGAAAGACAACAAUCUUUUAAUGAAAGAAAAGAAAUCAAACAAAAGAAACAAUCAUUGCGGAAUGAUUUGGAUUCAGUUGAGAGUUUUAAGGGUAUCAAGCAUGCAAAAUCAAAUUUCAUGUGA